CAUUAUUAGCAAUAAAAGAAAGAAAAAAAAAAAAGCAAUAAAUUAAUUAAUAUAAAGAAAUUAAAUAGUUUUUUUAUUAUAUAAUAAAACAUAAAAUUUUUAUAUAUAAAAAAAUUAUAAUAACAAUAUACUCAUAUACAAAUAAACGUAGAUGAAUAAAAAUUUUAAUAAUAUACAUAAUAAUAAUAAUAUAAACAGCAAUAUUAACCAACCUAUACACAUGACGAUGGCCCCAAAUAACAGUGAUAAUAAUAGUAGUAGUAGUAAUAGUAGUAGUAAUAGUAAUAGUAAUAGUAGUGGUAGUAGUAAUAAUAUCGAUAAUAGUCAGCAGUUUCAAUGCCCAUAUUGCCCAACUAUUUAUUUUUCUCAAAAUUUAAUUAGUCAAGAUACAAAUUUAAAUAAAUGCGAGCAUUUAUUAUUGGACUAUCAAACAGUGUCCCAUUUAAAUGCCACUUACAGAACUGUCUCGGAUUUAACUGGAAAUUUAUUAGGUAAUAAAAUUCCAUUAGUAAUUGCAAAAAGAUUUAUUAAAUUUAUUAGGGAUACUAAAUCUGGUGGUGUACCAAAUGGAUUUUAUACAAUUCACAAAACCAAAGCAAGAGUAUCACAUACUUUUCAAGGUGUUACAUCAUUUUCAUUAAGAUAUGUUAUCGAUUUUGAUAAUAACAACAGUAAUAAUAAUAACAGCAGCAAUAAUAUUGGUAAAACCACAACAAUUGAAUCUACUUAUUAUCUUACUCAAAACCCAAUCCAAGAUUCAACUCUUUUCGAAUCAUUUGUUUUAAAAAAUUAUAUUGAUUCAAUUCCAUCUUUAUCAACCAAAAUUAAUUCAACAGAUUGUUUAAAUAAUGAACAACAACAACAACAGCAACACAUUUCAUAUAUAGGUUUUACAAGAGAGCAAAUUAAAACAUUUUUAGAAUUUGACGAUCAAGACGAAAACUAUUCAUAUGACUAUGCAAAUUUAGAUAAUAAUGGUGAGGAGGGUACCAGUUUUGAAAGUUUAUUAAAGAAUAGAUGGAUUUUAAUUACAGGUUUACCAUCAAAUCAGUUACCCAUCUUUGUAAAUAUAACUUUACAAAUGCUUAUUCAACAAGAGCAACAAAAACAAAUAUCAAAUGGUUUAAUACCAAUAGCCUUAAAUGUAAAUAAUAAUAAUAUUGAAAAUAAUGUUAAUAUUCACGUUGUACACCCACUUCCAAAUAUUGCAAUUCAAUCUUAAAUCAACCUCAAUUCCGAUAAGAAAGAAAUUAUAAUUAAUUCCUUUAAAAUUUAAAUAAAAUAAAAUAAAUUUAAAUAAAAUAAAUUAAAUUAAAUAAAAUAUCCUU